AUGAACUUCGCCCCAUACCAGUGGCGUCACGACCAAGGCUACCUCCCACCACCCGGAAGUGUCCCCAUCCCAAUCAUCCCAGCCAUGUCCGCCCCACAACUAGUCCACCAAAUCGCCUACCAAACUGCUCCUCCUCCUCCUCCUCCAGCCUACUGCUUCCCACCCAAUCAACCUUUCCUCGCCGCCUCCCCACCACCACCACCACCACCACCAAAACCCUGCUCCCAAGCUCCAUCCCACACCUUCACAAUCGCAACCCAAACCUCCGAACCCAAACCCCCUCCCGCCCCAUCCACCGUCGCCUCUUCCAAUGCCUACGCUCCCCCGACCCUCCGCCCGGGAACAAACUACCUCUUCCCUUCCAAAUCCUCCCACACAAUGCUGCACAUCUUCUCCAAAGCCUCCACCAAAAUCUGGGAACACGACUCCCCCCCAAAAUCUCUAAAUUUCAAAAUUUUCAAAGUCGCCACGAAUUUCCGGGUCAAGGAUGUGAUUGAACGGGUUUUGAAGACGGGGGAUUGUGAGGGGUGGUGUGUUACGGAGGUUGUGGAGGUGGGGGGUGGGAGGUGGAGGAAGGGGACGACGGUGAAGUUUGGGGAGGAGAAGGGGUUGGGGACGUUGGCGGAUAUGGGGUGGAAUGGGAGGAGGGGAGGGGAGUUGCCGCCGGUUUGGUUGGUUGUUCAUAAGGAGUGA